CUUCUCACCUGCUCGAUUCGUGUUCGUGGUUGUGCGUUGUGGGUGCAGCAGCAGAAGACUUGAUUUCGCAGUGUAUUCAACAGCCCUCCUCAACACUUCAACAGCCAUCGACCUGUUUCUGGACAUCAGCUGUCGUGAACCAGAACACAAUUGUCUCGACCGCUCCUGUGCUAAGCUCAUAUCACCCUCAGACGCCUGCCAUGCUCUUGCAGCCUGCCUCUGCUUCGGCGUUGCUGCGUGGAAGCGGUGCCAGCUCGAAGCAGCUGACUAGAGUCAUACAGCAACAGCAGAGCGGCAAAGUCGUCUCUCACCUGGCCCUUGCCGCCAAGCGCUCCUUCUCGAGCACGACCGGUGCACAGUCCGAGCUGCGCAAGCCACCGCACCUGCUCUCCUUGGCGGAUCUGAGCGUGCCUCAGAUCGCGUCCAUCCUCGAAAGAUCAGCCGAGCUCAAGUCCAUAUCUCGGGCUUCCGACCUGGCAUUCUCUUCGUCUCCUGCCGCGGGCAAGUAUCAAGGAGGUCGCAUCUUACCCCAAUCACUUCAAGGCAAGAAUGUCGCCGUCAUCUUCUCUAAGCGGAGUACUCGAACUCGAGUGGCUAGCGAGACCAGCAUCGCUUCAUUGGGUGGUCAUCCUCUGUUUCUCAGCUCCGCAGAUAUCCAAUUAGGAGUCAACGAGAGCUUGUUCGACACUUCCAAAGUCGUCAGCUCCAUGUGCGAUGGCAUCAUGGCCCGAGUAGGAGGACACGAGGAGGUGGAGCUUUUGGCCAAGCACUCCAGAGUCCCCGUCAUCAAUGCCCUCUCUGCCCGAUAUCAUCCUACGCAAAUUUUGGCAGACCUCUUGACCAUGCUGGAGGAUCCGGUCAUUGGUGGCACUAGUUCGGCAUCACUGGAUACGCUCAGAGGCAUCAAAGUGGCUUGGAUCGGCGACAGCAACAACAUCCUCGCCGACAUGCUCGUCGCCUUUCCUAGACUAGGAAUCCAUCUCAGCGUCGCAACGCCACAAGGCGAUCAGUACAAGAGGGACGAGAUCGUGUGGCAGGACAUGCAGGACGGCUUGAAAGAAGAGACGAGCUACGAGAAGGGAAAGGUCGAGUGGGGCAACGAUCCGCUGGCUGCUGCGAACAACGCGGAUAUCGUUGUCACCGACACCUGGGUAUCCAUGGGUGACGAAUCUCAGAAGACUCAACGUCUGAAAGAUUUCUCAGGCUUCCAGAUUACCGAGUCACUCCUUCAAAAAGCAGGCGCCAAAAAGUCUGCUCGAUUCAUGCACUGUCUGCCUCGCAAGCCCGAUGAGGUGGACGAUGAAGUGUUCUACGGACCUCGUAGCAUCGUCUUUGAGGAAGCUGAAAACCGAAAGUGGACCAUCAUGGCUCUCUUCGAUCGUAUGAUCGGCGAAUGGAAGUACUAGCCAUCAAGGGCGCAUGGCUAGAUUUUCCCGACGCACAUGACAAGCGCAAGUCGUUUCUCCUCAAUGUCACCAGUGACGCGUCGUCUCUCUCAAGAGUCAUCUCAUUGUGAUGACUACGGGAAUGAUCAAAAAUUGCGCGCGAGCAUGUGCAAGGUGUCGCUCGAGAGAGGCAUUGACGGCGAUGACGACACGGUGGACACGUUGCGCUACCGGAUGACUGGCUGUGGGAUGCUCAGCUGGUUGCUGUUGGGUGGUCCUAUUGCCGUCUGUGCGUACAAGACGAUUACUGCUGUUGAACUCGCCCACAUGCGACCUCUUUUGCCUCUUGAUACAUUCCUUUCCGCUGAUUUCCAGCUUAGCAGCUGCUUUGCUCCUCAGACUCUGGG